UAGGUUCAGCUAGUUUGUAUUGGCACCAGGAAGACUGAGCUCAAUGGUCGCAACGACUCGACUCCGUUUGAUUUGGCGUCAUUUUACCCACAGUAGAAUGGGAGAUAUCUCUUCCAAAACACAGAUGCCGACUCCAGAGACCGCUCUCCCCGGGAGAAGUGAAAGUUUAAAAGUAUCAGCCAAGCACGACGUCAACGGCAACAGGACUGUACCACCAUUCCCCGAGGGACUUCAGAUGGUUAUGUUUGGGAUGGGCUGUUUCUGGGGAGCAGAGAGGAAGUUCUGGAAGCAGAAGGGGGUCUACUCCACCCAAGUGGGCUAUGCUGGAGGCCUCACCCCCAACCCCACCUACGAAGAGACCUGCACAGGUAGAACAGGCCAUACUGAGGUGGUCCGGGUGGUCUGGGAGCCAGAGAAGACAAGUUUCUCCAAACUGCUCAAGGUGUUCUGGGAGAGCCACAACCCCACUCAAGGAAUGCGCCAGGGCAACGACGUAGGAACGACCUAUCGAUCAGCCAUUUACACCAACACACAGGAGCAGCUUGAACAGGCUUUGGCCUCCAAAGACGACUAUCAGAAGGUCCUGAUGGAGGGGGGCUUUGGAGAAAUCACCACAGAGAUAGCCAAGGGCCAGGAGUUCUACUAUGCUGAGGACCACCACCAGCAGUACCUCAGCAAGAACCCACAUGGAUACUGUGGCCUGAGUGGCACUGGAGUCUCCUGUCCAAUAGGACUCAAGAAAUAACCACCUCUGUCCAAUAGGGAAUGACCACCAUCCUCUCCGAUUGGCUAGUUUUGACUAUGACAUUUUUCUGCUUGCUUAUUGCAAAAUAAGUCUAUUUUCUAUUAAUUUAAAUGGAAGUUGCCUUAAUUCUGAUGCCGUAAUGAAGCAUAUUCAGGGUUUAUAUAAAAACAGUUCAUAUCUGAGUCUUGACUUAAAUUAUUUCAAGUCCUUUGGUAAUCAAGCAUUACAAAACAUAAGAGCUGCUUAAAUUAAUGCACAUUGUGGUUUUAGUGUACAUUGUCUUGUUUCAAUCAAAUCAACCCCAGUAUGUACAUCAGAUUGAACUCUAUGGUGUGUGUUGGUGGAUUAAAUGAUUAAAAUGCGUGUUGAUGUA